UUCUCCCUUCUCUUCACUCACACCUCCAUAAUUUCUGCUCAACUCGGCGGUGACGAACGCCGGUUGACGGCGAGCGGUGGUGCCGAGCGGCGGCGAAGUGUGAGGGCUUUAAAGUUGCCGAUCGAUCAACAAUCCCCAUUAAAGGAAUUCAAACUAAAGAAGAGAAAGAUCGUUUCUUGGAAAAAGUUCUGUCCUUUUUGCAAAUUGUCUUCUUAGAUCUGCUGUGGCCUGUUGCUGAUCAGUAGAGGGAUUUGAUUGCAAUGGAUCGUGGCGAAUUGACCACUGAGCAGGUUUUGAAGAGGGAUAUACCAUGGGAGAGUUAUAUGACGACUGAGCUCAUCACAGGGACAUGCUUGCAGCUGCUGAGGCGAUACGAUCACAAACCUGAGAGCCAGCAAGCUGCACUGCUUGAUGAUGAGAGGCCUGUGUAUGUUAGGGUUUUUGUGAAUAUUUUGCACGACAUUUCCAAAGAGGAAACAUUAGAGUAUGUCCUAGCCCUCAUUGAUGAAAUGCUCACAGAAAAUCCUAAACGUGCUAGGCUGUUUCAUGACAGUUCUCUAUCAAGUACAGACACUUAUGAACCUUUCUUAAAAUUGCUUUGGAAGGGAAAUUGGUUAAUACAAGAAAAGAGUUGUAAAUUACUGUCCCUCAUUGUAAGUGUUCAACCUAAACUUCACGAGGGUAUUGUUUCAAAUGGAGAAGCUACACAUUCGAAGAGCACAUUUACGUCUUCUGAUGAUGUGUUGAAUAGCUUGGUUGAAUGGUUAUGUUCACAGUUGAGGAAUCCAUCUCAUCCUAGUCGUUCUGUCCCAAUGGCUGUCAAUUGUCUGUCUACUUUGCUGAGGGAAUCUAGUGUUAGAACUUCGUUCGUGCAAGGAGAUGGCGUGAAAUUGCUCAUUCCUUUGAUUUCUCCAGCAUCCACCCAACAGUCUAUCCAGCUUCUUUAUGAAACAUGCCUCUGUGUUUGGCUCUUGUCCUAUUAUGAUGCAGCAGUAGACUACCUCUCGACUACUAGAGUCCUGUCAAGACUUGUGGAUGUUGUCAAAGGUUCCACUAAAGAAAAGGUUGUGAGGGUGGUCAUUUUGACCUUUACAAAUCUGCUAAAAGGGGCCUUUGGGGCGCAAAUGGUUGAUCUUGGAUUACCACAAGUUGUCCAGAGUCUAAAAACACAGGCCUGGAGUGAUGAGGAUUUGUUGGAAGCACUGAACCAACUUGAAGAGGGGCUCAAAGAUAACAUUAAAAGAUUAAGUUCUUUUGAUAAAUAUAAGCAAGAGGUCCUUUUGGGUCAUCUAGACUGGUCUCCUAUGCACAACGAUUCAGGAUUCUGGCGUGAGAACAUUACAAAUUUCUAAGAAAAUGAUUUCCAGAUUUUGCGCGUUCUCAUCACAAUCAUGGACACUUCAAAUGAUCCCACAGCACUUGCUGUCACUUGCUACGAUCUCUCUCAGUUCAUGCAGUAUCAUCAUGGUGGUCGUAUUGUCGUCUGGGAUCUCAAGGCAAAGGAGCGGGUGAUGAAGCUCAUGAACCAUGAGAACUCCGAAGUGACUAAGAACGCUCUGCUCUGCAUCCAGAGGCCAUUCCUCGGAUCCAAAUAUUCUAGCUUGUUGCAGGCGUAAUUAUAUUUCUCUCGGAGGGAAGAGGCUUUGUUUGCAGCCUGAACUGAUGAAUGCUACCUCAGUCAUCUUGUCCCUGAGGUGUUAUAUUUUGAUCAGGUUCCAUUUGCAGGAGAAUAAAUUCAUUAUGUCAAUAAAUGAUAUUGGUUAUACUAUUGUACUCCAAUUUUCGAUUGGUGUAUAAUUUAUUCAGUUUGCCCCUGGGGGAGUUUAGGGGCAUCCCGUUUGUGGCA